AUGCUUUCGAUCGAGGUUGGUGGGAUCCAGAGAGUGACGGAAGAAGAGCGCAAGCAGAACACGACGCAUGUUUGGAAUGCCUGUACUUUCUGGCUCUCCGCCAACAUGGCAGUAGCCACGCUAUCGACAGGCAUGGUCGGCCCCUCGAUGGGCCUCAGCUUCUGGGACUCCUUCGCAAUCAUCCUACUCGUCAACAUCUUCUCCUGCAUGCUACCCGCAUGGACAGCGACAUUUGGCUUGACGGGACUGAGAAUGACGACCUUCUCCCGCUAUUCAUUCGGGUACUGGGGUAACUGCCUCGUCGUGAUCUUCUCCCUCAUCUCGACAACAGGUUGGAAUGCCGUGAAUUCCAUCUCGGGGGCUUCGUGUUUGGCAGCUUUGUUCGGUGGCUCGUUGCCGUCUUGGGUGGGCGUGAUCAUCAUCACGGUCUCGGUCUGGGUUCUUUGUGUGCUCGGCAUCAAGUGGAUCCACAAAGUCGAUACCUUUAUCUGGAUCUCGCCUCUGGUUGUAUGGUGUGUUGCCGCAGGCACUGGAGCAAAGCAUUUCCAUGGCGAUGCUGUCAAGUCGCCUACUGGAGCAAAUGGUGCCGCUGCAGCUCUGUCCUUCAUCGCCGUCAUCUUCUCCUUCGCCGUGUCAUGGAUUAACUGUGCAGCCGACUACAACGUGCGCAUGCCGCUCAGCACGCCACGAUACAAGAUCUUCUUGGCCACGUACAUUGGCAUCACCAUCCCUACCAUCCUGGUGCAGCUCCUUGGCUCAGCACUCUACACCGGCGCUCAAACCGACCCAACGUGGAAGCAUGCAUACGCCGAAUAUGGUGUCGGAGGCCCUCUGAUGAAAGCUCUGGAGCCAGCAGGAGGAUUUGGCAAGUUCUUGAUGGUACUCGCUGCGUUGAGUGCCAUACCGAACAACAUCCCAAACAACUACUCCUUUGCCCUUCACGCUCAGAACUUUGGACCAUGGGCGAUCAAAGUCCCACGAAUCGUAUUCGUAACGUUCGGCUUCGUCGUCGCAACAAUCGUCGGCUGCCUGGCAUCUCUCUCCUUCGAAAGCUCGCUGCAGACUGUCCUGAGCAUAGUCGGCUAUUGGACAGUGAUCCACUUGGUCGUCGUUGCCGAAGAGCACAUCAUCUUCCGCAGGGCCCGCUGCAGUGCGUACGAUUUUGAUGCGUGGGACAAGCCAGAUCUUCUGCCAUUUGGAUGGGGCGCCAUUGGAGCGUUCGCAUUUGGCUUCCUCGGAGCUGCCAUGGGAAUGAAUGUGACGUGGUACCAUGCCCCUACUGCUCAGUUGAUUGGGAAGAAGGGAGCCAACAUUGGGCAUGAGCUCACUUUUGCAUUCUCAGCGAUCACCUUUCCGUUGUUCCGAUGGCUGGAGAGGCGAUAUACCGGGGAAUGA